AUGGAUUCAGAUACAAUAGAUCUUAGUGUUACUUUAAAUGCCCGUGAUCAUCUUAAAGAGACAAUAGAAAAGCUAUAUACUCAAGAUGAGAAAUUAAUUUUAGAAUCUCUUGAAGAUAUAAGAGCAUUGAUAUUUGUAUGUGAAAUUCAUAUCAUGAUAGUUUGUAAAGUGUUUCUAACCAUAUUUAAAAAUGAAAUUAAGAAUGAUAUGACCGAUAAAUAUUUAUCAAUGGGUUUGAUACCAAGAGUUUAUAAUCUACUAUGCAAUGGAUCAACAGAAAUACAGAUACAAAGUGCUAGAACAAUAAGAAUAAUAUCUAAAGGUGAUGCUAAUGAUUGCAGAAAAUUGAUAGUAGAUGGUGGUUUAGAUAUAUUGUUAAACUUUUUAGAAUCACCUAAUAUUCAGGUUGUACUAUAUAUUUUAAUUACUCUGUCAAAUAUUGUUGGUGAAUCGACAGAGUUGCGAGAUGAAUUAAUGAAUGCCACUUUGAUAUCAUCAGUGCUGAGGGUUAUAAACAGAAUCGGUGAUUCGAGCGAGAGCACAAUUGAAUCGAUUAGAAUUGCAAUUCUUUGGUUAUUUGCAAACUUUUCAUUAUAUUCUCCAAGACCACCAAUGAUUUUGGUUAGCAGAUAUUUUAAAUUUAUAUCAGAUAGUUUGGAUUCAUCAAAUCCUUUGAUCAUUAAAGAAGCACUCAGUGGAUUGGUUUUCAUUGCAAAGAACACCUAUUCGAACGUCGACUACCUACAUGGUAUCAUCAAUUUGGUAAAGCAAUACAAAGUAUUUCCAAGAUUAUUUAAAUUUCUGGAACAUGAUCGUCCUAUAAAAAUGCAAUUGUUACCAGCACUUACAUUUAUUGGUGAUUUACUAUCAGGAAGUGAUUUACAAACACAAACUGUAUUGGAUUUCGGAGUGUUUCCAUAUUUGGCAAGUGUAGUUCAGAGUGUUAAAGACAUGGAAGUGGUCCGUGUUUCACUUUGGGCAACAUCAAACAUUGCGUGUGGAACACAGGAUCAAAUCAAACUGGUCAUCGACUCUGAAUCGGAGAUUUACGAUUAUACCAAAUUGUUAAUAGUCGACCUGGAUGCUAUCGAUUUCUUCAUCAAAUUAUUUGAGAUUGGUAAAUAUGAAAGAGCCUAUAGUUUUUUCCCAUUGUACAAGGUAAUGGCAAGCUUGUUGAGUAUGUCUGAUUCUCGACCGGAAUUGGAAAUUCAAUCGAGAUUUAAAAGACAUAGAUUCCACAAGAGAUUAUCAACAUCUAGGCUUAACGCUUUUUCCCAAGCUCUUUUUGAGGAUUUUGGUAUGGGUAUUGAUUUUGAAAAAGAUUAUACCUGUUUCUCUGUUACAAAUAAAUAA